AUGAGUAAAAAAUACGAUAAAUUAGGAAAUGAUGUAUUCAAUAAAGUUGAAAAAAUUAAUUCAGAAUUAUUCACAUUAACAUAUGGAGCAUUGGUUACACAAUUAAUAAAAGAUUAUGAAGAUAUUGAACAAGUUAAUAUAAAAUUAGAACAAAUGGGAUAUAAUAUAGGAAUUCGUUUAAUUGAAGAAUUUUUAGCAAAAUCAGGUAUUGGUAGAUGUUCAGAUUUUAUAGAGACAGCAGAAGUUAUUGCAAAAGUUGGUUUUAAAAUGUUUUUAGGUGUAAAUGCUCAUGUUGGUGAUUGGGAUGCAAAUAGAAAGGAAUUCCAUUUAACAAUUGAAGAUAAUCCAUUGAUUGAUUUCGUCGAAUUACCAGAUCAAUAUAAACAUAAACUCUACUAUUCAAAUAUUCUAUGUGGUGUAAUGAGAGGUGCUUUGGAAAUGGUUCAAAUGAAAGUUAAAUGCACUUUUGUUAAAUGUACUUUAUCUGAUGAUUCAACUUCAGAAAUUAAAGUAGUUUUAGAAGAAGUUUUAUCUGAUAUGAUUCCAGUUGGUUAUGAUUAA